UUGUUUGGAUUCAUUAACAGGAAGAAAACAAACGUAAAAUCUGUAUUUUGUAGUUCUCUCUUUGUAGUUUUUAGUUAGUUGACCUCUGACCUGCAGCUCAGACUUGACUCCCGCCCUGCAGGAGAACCUCCUCCCUCCUCCCUCCUCCCUCGUCUCCCUCCCUCUGUUUUAUUGCCCUCCCCUGAUGUUGGACAGGAUGUCGUCAUGGCGAUGGGAUAAACAGACAAUAACAAACCCUCGGCGCUUCGGAGCUCAUUCGAAGGCUGCGAGAGAGAGAGAGAGGUGAAGAGGAGACAGAGGACAGAGGACAGACAGAUAUUUCCAUCAUGGCGGAGAGUUCGGACAUCGAUCAGCUGCUGACGGCGUUUAAGAAGUUCGCCGUCCACGGAGACACGAAGGCGUCGGGCAACGAGCUGAACGGGAAGAACUGGAACAAACUCUGUAAGGACUGCAAGAUCACAGACGGCAAGAACGUCUGCAGCACAGACGUCGACAUCGUCUUCUCCAAAGUCAAACAGAAGACGUCUCGCGUCAUCACCUACGAGGAGUUUCGGAGAGCUCUGGAGGAACUGGCUCCCAAGAGGUUCAAAGGUCAAAGUAAAGAGGAGGCGCUGCAGUCCAUCUGCGGUCUGGUGGAGGGACGAGAGCCGAGCAACGUGGGCGUGACGAAAGUGGCGAAGACGGCGACGGUGGACCGGCUCACCGACACGUCCCGCUACACGGGCUCCCACAAGGAGCGUUUCACCGAGAGUGGCAAGGGCAAAGGUCGCGAAGGCCGCGAGGAGAUCGUGGAGAACACGGGAUACGUGGGCGCCUACAAGAACGCCGGCACGUACGACGCCAAGGUGAAGGCAGAGAAGUGACGAGGCCACGCCCCCCUGCAGGCAGCCAACACAGCACUUAGGACCAAACCUUGAACUUUGACCCUUCUGUGUGUGUGUGUGUGUGUGUGUGUGUGUGUGUGUGUGUGUGUGUCUGUGUUCAGAGGUCAGAGGUCACUUCCUGCUGAGCUGAACCUUCAGGUCAGGAGGUGGAGUCUGUAAAUAAGUCAUGAUCACAGCGUCCUAAACUUCCCUCCAGGAAACGAUCGCAAUAAUUAACACAAAUCCAAGAAAUCUGUAAUAUUUCCGAGAGUUAAAUUAACUUUUCUGAAUGAAACGUCCAAAUCAACGGAUGCUUAUUAUUUGGUGUUUUGGUAACUUACGUUGUCGCAGCGUGCAGGAAGUGAUGACACAGGACUCUUCUUUGGUGGUAGUUUUUUAAAAAUCACAUUAUUUUCCUUAGCUUGCAAUUUUCCCCGAGUUCAGCAAAUUUACUGCAAAAAGAGAAAUAAAACAUGUCACAUGUUUGAGAAAAGCUUCAGUUAAAAUGUUUCACUCGUUACAUUUAGGAGCUGAAAGGACGAGAAUGUUUCCACGGAGACUAUAAAGUCCUGAAAGACUUUUUAAAAAGUGAUCCAUGAAUGAAACGCUGCGUUGGUCCGUCACACAGAUGCAUCGCAGCAUUUAUCUCCUUAUUAAACAUCAAAUAACAUAAACAAUAAUAAUAAUGAUCUCUGAGCAGCUGAUGCAGACCUGCAGCAGCGCCCCCUGCAGGCUGUGAUGUUGCAGACCUGCAGCAGCGCCCCCUGCAGGCUGUGAUGAUCACUGCAGACCUGCAGCAGCGCCCCCUGCAGGCUGUGAUGAUCACUGCAGACCUGCAGCAGCGCC